AUGCGAGAGCUAGACGCACUUAUCUCCGAAUAUCGCCAUGAGAAGAAACGUCCACGCGAAUCGGAGGCACUGUUCAUCCUACGCAAAGUCGCAUCGUUGGUCAAACCUAUCAUGCGUCAACGCGCAUGGAGGGUCGGUGCGUUAUGCGAGUUUUACCCGUCGCAGAAAAAUCUCUUGGGGUUGAAUGUAAACUAUGGGCAAAAAAUAUGCUUGAGAUUACGAUAUGCUUCUGAUCAACGGCAAUUCCUGCCCAUCGAACAAGUGGUGGAUACGAUGCUACACGAACUAUGUCAUAUUGUGCAUGGACCACACGACCGCCAGUUUCACGCACUAUGGAAUCAACUUCGAGAUGAGCAUGAAGAGCUUGUCAUGAAGGGGUACACAGGCGAAGGCUUUUUAUCUCAAGGCAAACGCCUAGGCGGGAGCAGAAUCCCGCUUGAUGAGGCACGCCGCAGGGGGCGCGCAGCUGCUGAGCAGCGAAAGACCUUGGCCAAGAAUUCUGGCAAAAGACUCGGCGGCGCCCCCGUUCUUCGGGGUACAGACAUACGCAAACUUCGCGCAGAUGCUGCCCAACGCCGUAUCGAAGUCACUAAUGGAUGUGCCUCGGGAACCGACCGUAGCGACGAGCUCGCUGAGGAGGCUUCUAGAAAUGGGUUCAGGACAAAGGCUGAAGAGGACGAUGCUAAUGAACAGGCUAUUCUGCAAGCCUUUAUCGAACUGAUCCAAGAGGAGGAAAGAGAAAAAUACGGAGAUUCGUACAUUCUUCCGAGUCAAGAGAAUCCUGCCGGCCCCAGAACGGGUGAACUAAUAGACCUGUCUGAAUCUCCCGGGACGGUGGCAAAAUCGCAAUCAGGCCCAUAUUCAGAGCAGAAUUCUGCAACGUCAAGUUCCGCCGCAGACAACAGAUCGUAUGACUCGCCGUGGACUUGCGCGACUUGUACCCUCGAAAACCCACCCAAUUUCCUCUGCUGCGAUGUGUGCUCUGCAGAAAGGCCGGUCCCUUCCGAUACAAAGCCCACCGCUACGCCACGGCAGCAAGCCCCUGUUGUCCGUUCCAACCCAGAGCCUCAGAAAGCGAAGAAACGAAUCUUGCAAGUCGACGGAGAAGAAGAGAAGGAUGAAGCUACUCCAAGGAACAAUUUUGCAUUCAGAAAUCGUAGCCGGGCUCUGGAUACGCUUGCCUCACUCCACCGCGACACUAAUAAAAGACCACUAGGUUGGCUAUGCGAUCAAUGUGGGAGUUUCAUGGAGAGCCAGUGGUGGACUUGUUCCUGCUGUGGAAAAAUGAAGCCAUCAUCUUGA